AAGUUUUUCCAGUUAAAACUAAGCCAAAUUAAACACUAGAUAUAUACUAUGAGCCAAAUUACAAAACAAAAUUUGAAUGGAACUUUUAUUCAAAUUGAAAUCUUGAAUGAAAAACUUAUAAAACCAUCAUUAUCAACUCCAAGUCAUCUCAAUUGCUACAAGUUAUCAUUUUUUGAUCAAAUUGCACCUAAUUUUGCUGUGCCUCUUCUUUACUUCUACCCUCCAGUUCCACCAGAAAAAUCCCACCUACAACGCGCCGAAGAAGUUCAUAAACAACUACAAAACUCACUGUCUCAGGUUCUAACAAAGUUUUAUCAACUUGCUGGAAGGUUGUCUGAAGAUGGUACUUCCAUUGAAUGUCAUGACCAAGGAGUUAUUUACUUAGAAGCAAAGGUGAAUUGCCAAUUGAAUGAAUUUCUGGACAAAGCUUACAAAGAUAGUGACCUUGUCAAACUCUUUGUACCACCGAUAAGAAUCAGGCUAGCUGAAUUGCCAAAUAGACCAAUGAUGACAAUUCAGGCCACCAUGUUCGAACAUGGUGGCCUGGCGCUAGCCGUGCAGAUAGUCCACACAUCAGGUGAUGGAUUCUCUGGUUGCGCGAUCACCGAUGAGUGGGCUAAGGUUAAUCGAAUGGAGAAAGGGAAUGUGAGAAAUUUACAAUUUCGUUCUAAUUUGGCGGAAGUAUUUCCACCUAAGGAUAAUAUUUUUGAGAUGAUUAAGAAAGGCAGGCCUAGAGGAUAUGAGAUGAAAAUUUCUACUAGGAUUUUCAUGUUUGAUGAAAUUGCAAUAUCUAAGUUGAAGGAAAAUGUGAACAAGUCUUUGAAUUAUUCAUCAAGAGUUGAAGUUGUGACUGCACUCAUUUGGAGAAGCCUAAUGCGUGUGGUGAGGUUGAGGCAGGGUCACAAUAGGCCGUCCAUGCUACAAUUUGCCAUAAAUUUAAGAGGAAGAGGAUCUCCAAAACUAGUAGGCGAAGAUCAGAACUUUUAUGGAAACUUCUACCUUGACAUUCCAAUCAAAUAUGUGUCAUCUCAGAGCAACCAAGAUCCAGAAUUACAUGAAAUUGUAACCUUAAUUAGAAAUGCAAAGAACAAAGUUCUAUCAGACAUUGCAAAUGCUUCAAGUGAAGAGAUUUUCUCAAUAUUGAUUGAGUCAUUGAAUCAAAUAAGAGACGGGUAUAAUGAUGAUGAAAUCGACCUUUAUCCAACUUCAAGUAUGUGUAGAUUUCCUCUAAAUGAGUCUGAUUUUGGAUGGGCUAAACCAAUUUGGGUGAGUAGAGUAAAUGUGCCAUUUCAAAUGUUCUUCUUAAUGGACUCAAAAAAUGGAAUUGAAGCUAGAGUUUGCUUGAAUGAAGAUGACAUGAUUAAGUUGGAAAUUGAUGAUGAUAUUGUGGAGUUUAGUUAUGUGCCAAAGUAGUGAUAGGAUUUGGAGGGUCAUGUCCCUUGACAACUUGAGAAAAAUGGGUGAACGGCUAUUGGGCUUUAGCGCUCUGUUGUGGUAGAACCUCAUGAACAUGGCAUAUUUUCAAGACUUAUUUUUAUCUUAUGAAAUUUCUACUUUCUUUUGGUUUAUUUUCAUGUUUUUCAAUCUUUUUUUUCACAAUAUCAAGUGUAUUUUUAUUUCAAUUGUUUUGAAUGGAUUUAUUGUGUU